AUGCCCGCUGCAGACCCCAUCCUGCCCCCGGAGGAGGUGGCAUUGAUGGAGCUGGCCCCGGCCCCCCCUUUACCCAAGGCACCGGAGGACCCCGAGGCCACCUUGCCCUGGGACCGUGCCCCGGGGAGGGCCCGGGCGAGCCCGGAUGGGGGCCGGGAAGGUCCAGAGGAGGCCGGCGCUGGCCCCGAGGUGGCCCCCGUGGUGAUGGUGCCCAUAGACCCGCAUUGCAUCGAGCACAACCCCGGCAAGGGCAAGAAGCAGCAGGAAGAAAGCAAAGGGGGAGCCGUGCCCCGUAGCCAGCACCCACUCCUCCUCCUCCCUAUGGGUCCUUCACGCUCCAGGGACCCAUUGGGCUUGGAGGGGCGAGGGGCCAAGCCUGGCAGUGAAGGAGCCAGGUGCCCGUGGGCUAAGGACUGCGGUGGCGGGGGCCACCUCAAGGCCUUGGCCUCGGUGCUGGGGGCUCUGGUGCUGUGCCCCUGCUUUGUCUAUGGGGCUUACGUCUUCCUGCCCUUCGACGCCCCGCUGCUGCCCACCAUCAGCACCCGCCUGGUGUACACCCUGCGCUGCGCCGCCUUCGCCACCGUCCCCAUCGUGCUGGGGAUGCUCGUCAGCGGCGUCUCCCGCCUCUGCUCCUGGGCGCUGGAGCCCUGUGGGGAGCUGCGGCGGGAGGUGGAGAUCCACAGCACCUUCGUGGUCCAAUCCGGCCACCUCUUUGUCCUUUACUUCUUCAACGUGGCCGUGCUGGCCACUUACCUCCCGCAGGAGCUCCUCAAGCUCAUCCCGCUCCUCACGGGGCUCUUUGCCAUCUCCAGGUUGCUGUAUUGGUUGGCUUACGCCAUCGGGCGCUCCUUGCGGGUCUUCGGCUUCAGCCUGAGCUUCCUGCCCCUCGUGGCCAUGCUCCUCUGGAAUCUCUACAGCAUGGUGGUGCUGGAGCCGGAAAACCUCCUGGCUGUGGCAGAGGCAAAGCCCCAAGAGCAGCCCAAGAACACCGGAGCCAAACUCCGGUACUGGGGAUAA